GAAUGCAAUUCGCAUCGCAUCAGUAGCCACAACCUCUCACUGGAGAGCCACCCGCUGGUCGACAUAACACUACAGGAUUGUGAUGUAACAAAGAAAAUAUAUGUGAAGAUUAUGUGAAGUUCAUAUUUUGUGUAAACCUGGUCUGAAAGUUUGUGACAGCUCUACCGUGAAGAAGAGAGGGAUUUCUACAUUGGUGACAGUAUGUCACAGUAAUGUUCUGUGGGUCGACUAGAGCAGCAGUGAUAGACAACUUUCAAUAGGAUGUCUAUAGGACGAGCCGGCAACAUGGAUGUCACCUCUGACAGCGUCGACAGUGGGAUGGUGCGGCUACAGUCUGCCAGCUUCCAUAACUCAGACAACACUGGUCAGUUUGUGAAUCCCUCAUUUGUAGUGGAGGUCAGUAAUGGUCCCCCUCCUCCGUACAACGGCACCCCCGUCGCAGACCAGACUAAUUGCAAUGUACAGAGUCUGCCAACCCCAGAAGCCAGCACCAGGAUCCGGAUGAGGAUGUCCUCCGGGGGGUCGUCUAACAGCAAUGUCAACAAGAAAACGUCCAUCGCAAGUCAGCCCAGCUCAGUUAGUGAAGGCAACUUCGAAGACUCCUUCACAGACGAGUCUGGCCUCAGCCUCAUCUAUUCACGACAUGAGAGGGUGCCAUUCAAGGACUUUACCAACGAGGUGCGGGCCACGAUGGACGUGCAGAAGUUCCUCAACAACACAGUGCUGCUGCUUGACGUCCAUCACUCCAACCUGGACGUGAUUGUGGAUGACAUCCUCAAGAAGAUGCUUGGCACAGACUCCCCCAUCAGCUCCGACCAGGCCAAGUCCGCUCUCUUCACCACCGACUGUGUGCAUCAGCUGAGCAGGACCAUCCAGAGCUCGGUGAAGAUUGAUGACGCAGGAGGUUUUGACUAUGAUCAGAACUGGGUCUGUGCCAUGUGCAGCAUCCCCUCCAUCACCAAGGGCUAUGUGGGCAUUGCCCGCCUCACCACACCCGCCAACUUCGGCAUGACGUGCCAGGAAGUGUACUUCGUCAUCGUCAUCCUCACCCCGACCAAGGAGAAAGGCACGAAGAGUGAGCUGGAGACUGGGAGGACAUUUGCAACAAUGUUCUCGGACAUAGAUUUCCGCCUGGAAUUGAUGGGGGCGCCGGACGAGGAGCAUUUCAAGGGAAUCUUGCAGAAGGAGACCCAUAAGUUGUCGGAGAAGCAGAAACUGUCAGAGACCAAGAUGGCCGUCUUUGACAGCGAAGAGGAGAAGCCCAAGAUGCGAUGUGGCUUCCUCCGCGGCAUCAAGGAUGACUUGAAGAGACGUUUACCGCAUUACUUCUCCGACUACAAGGACGGUGUUGCGGACAAGAAAAGCAUCCUGAAGACGUUGUCGACCACACUGUUCCUCUACUUCGCCUGCAUCCUGCCGUGUAUCGCCUUCGGUGUUCUCAACUCAGACAACACUCAUCAGAUUCUAACGGUGGAGAAGGUCCUGUACUCCCAGACGUUUGGGGGGAUGCUGUUUGCUGUGUUCGGGGGGACUCCCCAGAUUGUGCUGCUCACCACGGCUCCACUGGCCCUCUUCACUAAAAUCAUCUACAGCAUCUGCGAGGACUUCUCCCUGCCCUUCCAGCCCAUGUUCUGUUGUGUCGGACUCUGGAACGCGUUCUUCCUCGUGGUCUUCUCCGUGUUUGAUCUCAGCAUCCUCAUGCAGUUCUCCACAAGGUCCUCCGAGGAAAUAUUCGCCCUGUUCAUCUCUAUUGCCUUCGCCGUGGACGCCUUCAAGAACUGUGCCGGCAAUUUUGAGGAGUACUACUCUGUCCCUGCAUGUUACGCAAGCAGCAGCAACACAGACAACUCCACCCUUCUCAACAUCACCACCGCCGCCACCACCACCGUCACAUCAGUAACAACCACCGUCGCAGACAACAUGAGCACUACACUGAGUGACCUGGCCCAGCAUGCACCAGAGGAAGUGUGUCGGAGGGACAUCAGCAUGUUGUACCUCGUGCUGCUGUUUGGAACAGUCUGGAUUGGUGUGACUCUUUUCAACUUUAAAAAUACUCCGUACCUGACGUCGGGGAAGCGGGAGAUUCUGGCUGACUACUCCCUCCCCGUCGCUGUCAUCAUCAUGGCCUUCUUCGGCGCCUAUGUCUUCCGGGACGUCAACAUGGGCUUCAGUUUUAACUCUGAGAGUGAGUCAGGAAUUUUCAAGCUGGUAGAAAUGAAUGAGCUAACAAUUGGUGCCAUCUUUGGUGCCAUGGGCCUCGGGUUUUGUCUAUCCCUCCUCUUCUUCAUGGACCAAAACAUUUCUGCUGCCCUUGUCAACGCACCACAGAAUAAGAUGAAGAAAGGGACGGCCUAUCACUGGGACCUGCUUGUGAUUGCUGCUGUGAAUGCCGCCCUGUCGCUGGUGUGUUUCCCGUGGGUGCACGCUGCCCUGCCCCACAGCCCCCUGCAUGUGCUGGCCCUGGCCGAUGUGGAGGAGAGGGUGGAACAGGGACACAUCUCACGGAUUGUUGUGAGGGUACGAGAAACGCGACUCACAGCAAUCUUCUCCCACAUCCUGAUCGGCCUGAGCCUGCUGUUCAUGCCAGUGUUGGCGUAUAUCCCGACCCCUGUCCUGUAUGGCCUCUUCCUGUACGUGGCCGUCACGGCGCUCUAUGGCAACCAGAUGUUCGAGAGAAUCCUGCUCUUCUUUACUGAACAGGCUGCCUACCCCCCGUACCACUACAUCCGGCGGGUGCCACAACGCAAGAUGCACAUCUUCACCCUGACUCAGUUGUUCCAGCUGGCUGUCCUGUGUGGAUUCGGCUUCUCCACCUGGCCCUACCUGAAAAUGUUCUUCCCGGUCCUCAUCUUCUUCCUUAUACCCAUCAGACACAAAAUCAUCCCCAAAUUGAUUGAUAGCAAGUACUUGAAUGCUAUGGACAGCCACUAGUGAUGUGACAUGGUUGUACAGAGACAGGUGUGAUGUGGUUCUACAGAGACAGGUGUGACAUGGUUGUACAGAGACAGGUGUGAUGUGGUUGGAGAUGCAGGUGUUGUGUUGACCGAGGGGAGUUUGGGGGAACUCCAAAGAGACAGGUGUGAUGUGGUUGUACAGACACAGGUGUGAUGGGGUUGUACAGAGACAGGUGUGAUGUGGUUGGAGAUGCAGGUGUUGUGUUGACCGAGGGGAGUUUGGGGGAACUCCACAGUGACUGGUGUUGAUUCAAAAUGACUUCGUUGAAUCCCCUGUCAACAGACAACCCUCUGCUACAUAGGCUUCAAUGAUUCACGCUGACAACAGUGGACACCUUCGUAUAAAGGAAAACUAUUAAUGUGAUUUAACCGACAACACAGCCAGACAUAAACAGCUACUUUUUGACUGGUACAUAAUAACAAGGAGAAGGUUGACACAAGAUUUGUGAUAGUUCAGCUUCAGGAUUGUGUGUUCUCUGUUUGUAGGCAACAUCAAGGAUGACUUCAAUUCAGUCUGUGAUUUCUGUUCCUGUGUUUCACAGUCGACACACUGAAUGUUUUGUUUUCUAUGUAGUUGAUGUAUAUACAUUUUUAUAUUUUUGAAAGCUGAAUAAUGGUUUAACAAGCAUGUUGUUUGGCUGCAGUUGUGUUGAGUGCUAGCUCAGCUGUGUAGUGCUAGCUCAGCUGUGUAGUGCUAGCUCAGCUGUGUAGUGCUCAGGUUUAAUGCCCAAGGCAGUGCUGGAGCUUGUAUUGCAUAUCUAUGUAUCUCUAAUUUUACUUAAUCAAUGUUUUGAUUUCAAUUCAAUAUCACUGAAUUUAUCAAUUGCAUAAUAUUGUUUUUUAUCAGAAUUUUUACCAGCUCAGCCGUGUCAUUUUACCUUUGGUUGAUUCUGUACUGUUUUAGUCUCUUUGAUGUUCUGCUUGUUGUUAGUGAGCACUCUACAUUGAUGUUGCACUCACAGAAUAUGUCACAUUGAUAUGAUAAGUAUUAUUUUUUAUAACUAAAAAAUGUUAAAUCAAAGUUUUAAAAAGUUUUUAAUAUCAUGUUAUAUAAUCAGAUAUGGUGUAUGAAAGAAAGUGUAUGUGGAGUCGCCUUCCAUUAGUACUUGUGAAGAGACAGGUGUACAUGGCGUUUGCAUUACACGAUGUACCGUGGUACAUGGUGUUUGUUUUAUAUGAUCUACAAGGUUGUAUACUGAGGUAAUGUUAGACUGGUUUCAAUUAGUUUUACAACAGUGUGUGUUUUAGGGGGGAAAUGAUCUGAUUGUGUGUGUAUACAUGUGUUUUAUUUUGUGUACGAGUGGUCUGAUGCAUGAGGUGGAAGUGGUGUACAACCAGAACGAUACUCAGCUCCAGGGGGCGCUGUAUGCGUCCUUCACCAGGGUUAUAUAUCUGCUGGCCAACAAGACCCACUUGCACAAUGCAGUCUUAGCGCUACAACUAGAUCACGAUCUUAGGCUACAAUAGCCAUCCACUUGCCGAAAGCGAUUGCGGGUUAAGAUCAGCUUCUGUAUAUAAGCUAAGAUCUCAAUCUUAGAUUCAAGCCAUCUUACAAUCACGCUUAGGUCGGUUUGUACAAGUGGAAUAAGACUUAGGUAUGGCGGUUGUAAAGUUGAUUGUUAGCACCUAAGAUCAACUGUAACUGAGGUUGCUCUGUGCAGCUGGACCCAUAAUUGAGCCUAACUAAAUCACUUCACAUCUUCACAAAGAAGAUUUGCUGGACAUAGGUGAUAAACAUCUAUUAUAUACAACAGCUUUUCACACCUGUUGCCCGUAUCUUGUCUUGUAUUAUUUGCCCUGUUUACUGACUCACCAUCCUGAUUUUGAUCCUUCUUCUCGUUGCCUAGCAUGAUGUGGAACCCUGUUGAGGUAUUAUUGGUUGCAGAGAGGGGGUGGUGAGAGUGUAAUGUAUGUUUGAAAACUGUGUGUUAUAUGAGACAGUCACAGAGACAAUAAAAGACAUAAAAUUCA